AUGAGUGAAGAUAAUGACUUCAUUGGAAACACAGAGGAGGAAGCGCCUCUGCUCACUGAUGAGGCGGUCAGCAGGAGCAGAGGGGCCUCCUUCGUCUCCUCUGUCUUUAACCUGAUGAAUGCCAUCAUGGGCAGUGGGAUCCUGGGCCUGGCUUAUGCAAUGGCCAACACCGGCAUUGUUGGAUUCUGUUUACUGCUGGUGUUGGUGUCAGCGCUGGCCGCGUACUCCGUCCACCUCCUGCUGAAGCUCUGUGACCAAACAGGUCUAACUUCAUAUGAAGGUCUAGGAGAGCGGGCGCUACACAAACCAGGGAAGGUCCUGGUUGGAUGUGCUGUGCUGAUCCAAAACAUUGGCGCGAUGUCAUCGUACUUGUUCAUCUUAAAGUCAGAGCUUCCUGCAGCUAUUACCAGUUUCCAGACUGCAGAUGGCACAAAAACUCCCUGGUUUGAAGAUGGACGUCUGCUUCUCAUAUUAAUUACAAUCUGUGUCAUUUUGCCUUUAGCCAUUUUGCCCAGAGUCGGGUUUCUGGGUUACACGAGUGGUUUGGCGUUUGUCUUCAUGCUGUACUUCACAGCGGUGGUUGUGGUGAAGAAGUACGUCAUCCCUUGUCCUCUGCCCAACAACAUCACAGUGUCCUCUGUCUCCUGCCAGGUAUCAAAUUCAUCCACCGCAGACUGCACAGCUCAACUCUUUGUCCUCUCCAGAAAGAGUGCGUAUGCCAUUCCCACUAUGGCCUUCUCCUUCUUGUGCCAUACCGCCGUGCUGCCCAUCUACUGUGAGCUGGAUCGACCGACUAAGGCAAGAAUGCAAAGAGUCACAAACAUCAGCAUCAGCCUAAGUUUUACUCUCUACCUCGUGUCAGCCUUGUUUGGAUACCUCACUUUCUAUGCUCAGGUGGACACAGAGCUGCUGCACGGAUAUGACAGGUAUCUGCCCCGGGACGUUGUGGUGAUCACCGUGAGACUGGCCAUCCUGCUCUCCGUCGUCCUCACCGUACCACUCAUCCACUUUCCUGCCCGCAAAGCCGCCAUCCUCCUCCUGUUCGGUUCGCGGCCUUUCUCCUGGUGGAUCCACUCCCUGACCACCGUCUGCAUUCUGGGAGUGGUGUUGAGUCUGGCCGUCUUUGUCCCUGACAUCAGAAAUGUCUUUGGGGUUGUUGGCUCCACCACCUCCAGCUGCCUGUUGUUUGUUUUCCCUGGACUUUUCUACCUCAAGAUCAGCACUCAGCGCUUCAGGUCUUUGGACUAUAUCGGGGCUGCUUUCCUGGUGGUGUUUGGAGUGGUGGUGGGAGCCCUGAGUUUGACUCUGAUCAUCUUGACAUGGGUUCAGAGCUCCUGA